AUGAGGGUUUCUACGACAGUUUGUAUUUGUUUUCGUUUUGUCACUUUAAAAGAUGCUGGAGGCUCAGAUGCUGGAAUAAUAUUUACGUCUCGUGUAUGUUUACAAACAUUUUAUAGAUGAUGGACGCAACAUUUCGUUAUGUAAAUAGUUCAGAUAUACCUCAUAAAAUUCAAAUAAAGAUAGGAACUUUGGAAGGCGAAAUAAAAACACAUUCUUACGAAACACUUCUGCGGAAUCCUCUGCUGAAAUUUUCUGGUAUCAAUUUGGAGAAGUAUCCACCGCUUAAAAUAUGCGUUGAAAUAUAUAGUGAUGGAAAGCGUAUUGGCUUACCAGUCAUAUCCUCUUAUAGAAGUUUUUCCAGUAGAUGGAGCUGGAACGAGUGGCUAACGUUACCAAUUUUGUUCAGCGAUUUGACUCGCUAUUCAAUACUGGCGAUAACUGUCUAUGACUGCUCUGGUAAUCAAAAUGAUGAAACCGUAGUAGGUGGGACAUCGAUUUCAUUAUUCGGAAAAACUGGAGUACUUCGACAGGGUUUAUAUGAUUUGAAAAUGUGGCCCGAAGUAAGGGCUGAUGGUAACUAUCCACCAAGAACUCCAGGAAAAUGUAGUCUUUUCUCAAAUAAUCAGAUGCAACGACUUUCGAAGCUAGCCAAAAAACACCGGAACGGACAAAUAGAAAAGGUUGACUGGCUGGAUCGUUUGACUUUUAGAGAAGUUGAACUGAUUAAUGAAAAAGAAAAAAGGAAUUCAAAUUUCUCCUACCUAAUGGUGGAAUUUCCGGAAUUAUAUGUUGGAGACAAAAACUGUACUGUUGUCUAUCGCGAACCAGAUAGUGAUACUAAAUACUUAUUUGCGUCAAAACCAAAACUAGUAACAAUAUUGGACACGGAAACAUUACAGGAAAAUUUGGUGGAACGGAAGCAUCACCGUCUAUCACGUUCAGCAAGGUCCGGAAUAUCAGAUCGCGAUGCAAAACCAACAGCUAGUGUACGUGAUUUACUACACUCGAUUGUGUACAGGUAUUCCUCAACAUCGCUGCUUGGCAGCGAAGAGCAGGAUUUGAUUUGGAAGUAUCGUUUCUAUCUAAGCACCCAGAAGAAAGCGUUGACCAAAUUUCUCAAAUGCAUUAAUUGGGAAACAGGUGCAGAAGUUCGCCAAGCGUUGACGCUAUUAGCCAAGUGGGCACCAAUGGAUGUUGAGGAUGCACUAGAACUACUCAAUUCAUCGUUUAACCACCCCACCGUGCGACGGUAUGCAAUAUCCCGUCUUGAUCAAGCACCGGACGAGGAUCUUCUUUUAUACCUCUUGCAGCUUGUACAGGCCCUGAAAUAUGAACAUUCGGAAGAAACAUUUAAAUCGUAUCAUAAUUUUGCAUCAGAUAAAGAUUUUCUGCAAAUAAUGGAGGACAAUGCUACGGAAAACAGUUUCGAGAGUCGUUUAGCCACCGUCGACGACUCACUAUUACGUAGUGAGAUUAGGCAAGAUGUAACGACAAAUAUGACAACUAAAAAUGAAGAGGCUGCAAUAUCGAACGAAUCGAGUACCGUGUUCAACGACAACGCGGAUGUCCCCCAUAACUUAGUCACGUUUCUGAUUGAACGUGCGUGUAAGAACUCAACAUUGGCGAACUACCUGUAUUGGUAUUUGUCAAUUGAAUGUGAAGAAGAGACUGUGAGGAAACAAGAUGAACGAGUUCGCGAAAUGUACGUUGCUGUACUAAAUUUAUUUCUCCGACAGCUCUCAACUGGUAGCUCUGAAUUGAAAAUGAUAUAUCAUAACUUGAAAGAACAACAGAAGUUUAUCGACAAUUUAGUGAGACUGGUCAAAAUGGUAACAAAAGAACCCGGGAACCGUAAGAAAAAAAUGGAAAAAUUCCAACAGCUUCUGACGGACGGCGAUAUGUUGAAAAUGCAUUUUACUAAAUUUGAUCCUUUACCUUUCCCUUUGGAUCCGAACAUUUGCAUUCGUGGCAUAGUGCCAGAGAAGGUUACCCUUUUCAAGAGCGCUCUAAUGCCAUCCAAAUUAACCUUCCUGACAACGGAUGGGUCCGAGUAUGUGGCAAUAUUCAAACACGGCGAUGAUUUAAGACAGGAUCAACUUAUCCUUCAAAUGAUUACUUUGAUGGACAAAUUACUGCAAAAGGAAAACUUGGAUUUGAAAUUGACACCGUACCGUGUAUUAGCUACCAGUUCGAAGCAUGGGUUCAUGCAAUAUAUAGAUUCAAUUACUGUAGCCGAAGUUCUAACGAUGGAAGGAAGUAUUAUCAAUUUUUUCCGUAAACACCACCCUUGCGAGACAGGCCCAUAUGGUAUUCACGCUGAAGUGAUGGACACUUAUAUCAAGAGUUGUGCAGGUUAUUGCGUAAUAACCUAUCUGCUAGGUGUGGGGGAUCGCCAUCUGGACAAUCUAUUGCUGACGCAUACAGGAAAACUGUUCCACAUUGAUUUCGGUUACAUUCUAGGUAGAGAUCCUAAACCAAUGCCACCUCCAAUGAAGCUCAGCAAAGAAAUGGUUGAAGCUAUGGGUGGUCUGAAUUCUGAUCAUUAUCAAGAGUUUCGAAAACUUUGCUAUACUGCAUUUCUCCAUUUACGCCGACAUGCUAAUGUCAUGUUGAAUCUAUUCGGUUUGAUGGUAGAUGCAUCAAUCCCGGACAUCGCUUUGGAACCAGAUAAGGCGGUUAAAAAAGUGGAGGACAAUUUACAUUUGCACUUAACUGAUGAAGAAGCUGUACAGCACUUGCAAAAUUUAUUAGACAUCUCUAUCACAGCUGUUAUGCCAGCAUUGGUAGAACAAAUCCACAAACUUGCACAAUAUUGGAGGAAAUAAAUUUAUAAUUAAGAAAAAUGUA